GCAAGCGACCAACUUUAACCCAUUCAAAUUAUGUCCCACAAUAAAGAAAUGUGUAACACAGUCUCAGAUCAUGUGACAGAAUUCAGAUUAAUCCAUUCAGAUUGUACAUGGAGCAGAUGCACUACGGACUGUUUAGAUGUGGAAGGGCAGCUGUCAGAUGCCAAACUUUAUGAGUCUUCCACAGAACAUGGAGUUACUUGGACAGUGGUCAGCCCUAUCAUCUUCACCUAUCGAAUCAUUCAGUGCGAAAGGUUACUGGACGCAAGCAACGAUACCUUACUGUUUGGUCACGUCUCCAAUCCUACAGAAGCCCUUAAGGACGACACUAAAGGAGUAAAACGAUUCAUCGUAAUCGACGAACAAGUUAACGACCUUUACGGCUCGCAGGUUGCAGCGUACUUUGAAGCGAGACGAGUGAUUUACAAGAUCCUACCACUGCCUAUGACUGAGGAGAACAAGUCUAUGCUGCUGGUGAGCAGAAUCUUGGAGGAGGUUCACAAGUUUGGUAUCGAUCGUCGUACGGAGCCCAUCAUUGCUAUUGGUGGUGGGGUGUGUUUAGAUAUCGUGGGACUGGCAGCAUCUCUGUAUAGGAGACGUACUCCAUAUGUUCGUGUUCCCACUACUCUUUUGGCUUAUAUUGAUGCCAGCGUGGGGGCAAAAAAUGGAGCCAACUUUGCCAAUUGUAAAAACAAGCUCGGGUCGUACGUCCCCCCUGUGGCGACGUUACUGGACAGAACUUUCCUGUUAACGCUACCACGCCGCCAUAUUUCUAAUGGACUGGCCGAGAUGUUAAAGAUGGCGCUGAUGAAACACAAAGGACUGUUUGAACUUUUGGAGAACGAGGGCCAACGUUUGUUGGACACCAGUUUCCAAGCAUCAGACACCACAGAAAAAGUGCAUAAAGAUCCAGCGAGCGUCUCUACUAGACUGGCCAUAGAAAGCAUGCUGGAGGAACUCGCUCCGAACCUGUGGGAAGAUGAACUGGACAGACUGGUGGACUUUGGUCAUGUCAUCAGCCCGGAGCUUGAAAUGAAAACACUUCCCACACUGCUGCAUGGUGAAGCUGUGAACAUAGACAUGGCCUUCAUGAUCUAUGUGGCCCAUGAAAAAGGAUUUCUGACAGUAGAGGAGAAAAGUCGUAUCAUUGUCUGUAUGAAGGGUCUAGAGCUCCCUGUAUGGCAUACAGACUGCACGCUGGGUUUAAUCCAGAAAUCUCUUAAUGAACGAUUGAAGCAUUCUGCUGGACGUCUGAGGAUGCCUUUACCUACGGGACUGGGCAAAGCAAGAAUCUUCAAUGAUAUCGAAGACAGCAUAUUGUGCCAAGCAUUCAAAAAAUGGUGCGAUGAGCAGAGAGCUGAGUACUAAACAUAAAUACACAAUAUUACUGAGAUUAUUGACAAUAAACAUCUGAAAAUCAAAUCGAGAACGUCUCUGAUAC